AUGGGGGACUGGAACCUGUUGGGCAGCGUCCUUGAAGAAGUGCACAUCCACUCCACCAUAGUUGGCAAAAUCUGGCUCACAAUCCUGUUCAUAUUCCGGAUGCUGGUGCUGGGAGUGGCUGCUGAAGAUGUCUGGGAUGAUGAACAGUCCGAGUUCAUCUGCAACACGGAGCAACCUGGCUGCAGCAAUGUCUGUUAUGACAAAGCCUUCCCCAUCUCUUUGAUCAGAUACUGGGUACUGCAGAUCAUAUUUGUCUCUUCUCCAUCACUAGUUUACAUGGGCCAUGCGCUCUACAGAUUAAGGGCUCUCGAGAAAGAGCGACAGAAGAAGAAAGCCCACCUGCGGGCUCAGCUAGAAGACCUGGAGCCCAUGCCCGACGAACACAAGAGAGUGGAGAGGGAACUGCGUAAGCUGGAGGAACAGAAGAAAGUGAAUAAGGCACCCCUGCGAGGGUCCUUGCUGCGCACCUAUGUCCUACAUAUCCUGACCCGGUCGGUGGUCGAAGUGGGCUUUAUGAUAGGUCAGUAUCUUUUAUAUGGGUUUCACAUGUCCCCCCUUUACAAAUGCACUCGCCUCCCUUGCCCUAACACGGUGGAUUGUUUUGUGUCCCGACCCACAGAGAAGACCAUCUUUAUGGUUUUCAUGAACAGCAUCGCCGCGGUCUCCCUGUUCCUCAACAUCCUAGAAAUUGCCCACCUGGGCCUCAAGAAGAUCCAGAAGAGCCUCUACGGGGGGCCGCGGUGGCCGGCAGGCCCCGCCGAGGAGGAGACCAGCCUCUACAACUCCAAGAAGAGCUCCGUGGCGGCGGCGGCGGCGGCGGGCGCAUCCCGCCGGGCGCUCCGCAAGCACAGCCGGGUGAGCAUCUGCCGCGACCUGGAGGAGGAGCGCGGCGACUCCCCGGACAGCGGGCACUGCCCGGGCACCCGCAAGUCCAGCUUCCUCUCCCGCGUCCUCACCGGGAGCCGGGCGAACAGCGACAGCGAGAGCGCCGCCUCCCGCGGCGGCUCCGGCCCCGGCUCCGGCUCCGGCUCCGGCUCGGAGGGGAAGCGCCGCGAGGAGGGCAGCCCGCCCAGCAGCCCGCCGCCCGCCGCCGCCAUGGGACGCCGCGUGUCGAUGGCAAGUAGCGACCCGCGGCCCCUGGGGCAGCCCGCGGGCGGGGGGUCCAGGCGGGGCGGGCUCCCCCGGCUGCCUGUCCCGGCCCCGGGGAGGAGCGGGCGAGCCAGGUGGCAGGAAGACUUAGGCAGGACUUCCGACACAGCCCUAACGCCUCUCCUCGCAUACUCCCCGACCAAGCCGAGCUCCUGCUCGGGUGGAUCCUGCGUGGAUCCCUUUCCAUGGUGA